AUGGCGAAACAAAUCAUUGUUCUUGCUCUCGUCUUCUUCGCAGCCGUGGGGCUCUCCUCCGCCACCACCGCCGCUCCUUCCCUUGCUCCGGCAGCUGCCGCCUCCGGCGAGUCGAACGACGGCACAAUCGGCACCAUAACUGGCGGCACCACCGCCAGCGAUGCCGCCCCGUUGGGCAGCCCCGUGCCCGAUGGGGUCUUCCCGGACCUUGCUCCGGCCGCUGCCCCGGAAGGAAGCGGUGCCGCCACCGCCCGUGUGGGGUCCACGGCUGUUGCCGGAGCAUUUGCCGUUGCCGGUGCCUUCGGCUCGUUCUUCUUCUGA